AUGGCGGCACAACAGGCGACGUCCGGGAAAGCCUAUGGAACAUCCGCCGUGCCAAUGUCAAUGGAGACUGGCUCCUCGGGUGUGGAACAGGUGACUGCUGCAGACGCUGAUAACGGCCUGCCUGAGAAGUCCGCGGUUGUCUUUGGCUGUAGACGAGACCCUGCCCCCAACCUGUCAGACUUGCCCAACGAGAUCCUCCUCCAUAUCCUUGGCUACCUCGAUGUCUGCGAUCUGUUGUCAACUUCUAGGACCACGCACCACCUCCGCGACCUCUCCGUCGCGCCGAUACUGCACUCCCUCCGGCUGCGGCGCGCCCGCGCGUCCCUCAGCCCGAUGCUGCAAUCGCCGUCGCGCCCCUCGCUGGCCGACCUGAUCGCCCGCUGCAUCUUCCUGACCCACACGACCGUCGUGUCGCGCCGUCUCGCCCGCUCCCUCGUCUGCAUCCGCCUGUCGCGCCGCCUGGCCGCCCGCCCGUCCGCCGAGGCCCUCGUCCAGCGCUGCGUCCUGCCGCCCGAGUGCGUCCCCGGCGGCUGCGGCGGCUUUGGGCCGCGGCGGGGCGGCGUUGGGGUUGCCGCGGUUGCGCCGGCGCUGGUGGCGAGGAGGAGAGCCGUUGAGAGGGAGAGGGUGAAGGAUAGGUUGAGGAGGUGGGUUGAGAGGGUCUGGACUGGGGAGGUUAGGGAGAGGAGCGAGGGGAUUAAGAAGUGGGAGGAGAGGGUUGGAGUUGGGAGGGUUUGGAGGCUGAGGAGGUUCUGGGAAAGCGUAGGACGCGAAGAUGGUUUUGCCGGGGGCGUCUGA